CAGGGGCGACUUCCGGUAGGGGAAGAGUUGCAGCCUAGGAGCGGCUGCCGAGAGGUGGAGGAGGAAGAGGGAAGCGCCGGGCGGCGGCUGCAGUAGGUGCUUGGCUGUAAGGUUGUCUGGGGCGGCGGCGGCGGCUCUCUCCCCGGCGGACGAUGGACAGCCAGGGCAGGAAGGUGGUGGUGUGCGACAACGGCACCGGGUUUGUGAAGUGUGGAUAUGCAGGCUCUAACUUUCCAGAACACAUCUUCCCAGCUUUGGUUGGAAGACCUAUUAUCAGAUCAACCACCAAAGUGGGAAACAUUGAAAUCAAGAAUAACAAAAAGAUGGACCUUAUGGUUGGUGAUGAGGCAAGUGAAUUACGCUCCAUGUUAGAAGUUAACUACCCAAUGGAAAAUGGCAUAGUGCGAAACUGGGAUGACAUGAAACACCUGUGGGACUAUACAUUUGGACCAGAGAAGCUUAACAUAGAUACCAGAAACUGUAAAAUCUUACUCACAGAACCUCCUAUGAACCCAACCAAAAAUAGAGAGAAGAUUGUAGAGGUAAUGUUUGAAACUUACCAGUUUUCUGGUGUGUAUGUAGCCAUCCAAGCUGUUCUGACUUUGUAUGCUCAAGGCUUAUUGACUGGAGUAGUGGUGGACUCUGGAGAUGGUGUAACUCACAUUUGCCCAGUUUAUGAAGGCUUUUCUCUCCCUCACCUUACCAGAAGACUGGAUAUUGCUGGGAGGGAUAUUACCAGAUAUCUUAUUAAGCUGCUUCUGUUGCGAGGAUACGCCUUCAACCAUUCUGCUGAUUUUGAAACAGUUCGAAUGAUUAAAGAAAAACUGUGUUAUGUGGGGUAUAAUAUUGAGCAAGAGCAGAAAUUGGCCUUAGAGACCACAGUAUUAGUUGAAUCUUACACACUCCCAGAUGGCCGCAUUAUCAAAGUUGGGGGAGAGAGGUUUGAAGCACCGGAAGCUUUAUUUCAGCCUCACCUGAUCAAUGUUGAGGGAGUGGGUGUUGCUGAAUUGCUUUUUAACACAAUCCAGGCGGCUGACAUUGAUACCAGAUCUGAAUUCUAUAAGCACAUUGUGCUUUCUGGAGGGUCUACAAUGUACCCUGGACUUCCAUCACGGUUGGAAAGAGAACUAAAACAGCUGUACUUAGAACGAGUUUUAAAGGGAGAUGUGGAAAAGCUUUCUAAAUUUAAGAUCCGUAUCGAAGACCCUCCCCGCAGAAAGCACAUGGUAUUCCUGGGCGGUGCCGUCCUAGCAGACAUCAUGAAGGACAAAGACAACUUCUGGAUGACCCGGCAGGAGUACCAGGAGAAGGGCGUCCGCGUGCUGGAGAAGCUCGGCGUGACUGUUCGAUAAACUCCAAAGCCUGUGCCCAUCACACCCUCACGCUUUCUUUCCUCCUCUAUUGCCAAUCUUUGAACUCAUUAAAUUCCAGGACACGGAUGAGGCCCCUCUUUAACCUUUAACUGCAAAGGUCAGAUUUUAUUCUGGAGUCUUGGGGAAGCUUUGUUAAAUUUUUGUUAAUGUGGGUAAAUCUGACCGUUGAAUGCAACCACUUCCUUACAAACACAAGGAGAGGGCAAAGGGUCCUGUCUGCUGCUUUUGUCUCUGCUGAGUAGGCGUUUAGAUCAUUCCUGCAGGCUUCCUAGUUUCACUUGACUGCUCUAAUGCUGCUAUUUCAGCGCACUAGGUGGUAUGCCUUUAUUAGCAUAAGAAAAACUUCACCAGGAGCUUUUACACGUUGCUGGGGUGGGGGGUGAGGGAUGGGUGGGAAGCUGCUGAACCCUUUAGGGCGUUUUGUCUGUAGUGUGAGGCUUUCAACAAAGACUGAAGUACCUUACAGCUCUGGUAUUAACUUUUUAGGGACAUAUUGGGCUCAGGACUAAAUUGUAUUGGGUGGGUGUUUGUGUGUAGGGGCCAGGGGAGGUGAUCUUUAGAUUUUGAUUUUUGAGCUCUUCUGCUCUGGGUACAAACGAACUUUAUUUACAGUAUUUUGAUUUGGCAGGUUUUCUUCUACUUUUGGUCUGCCUGGAACGGUUUUCAUAUGAUAGAAAAAAAUAAGUAUAGUAUCCCAUUACCAUGCGUAGCGAUUUUCUUUUUCUUUUUUUUUUAAAUCAACCAUGUUAUCUGGGACUAGACUCCCUAAAAUCUAUCAAUAGAAAAGUAACCUUUUUAAAAAUGCUAUUGGGACAUUCAAAUUACAGAUUUAAAAAGAGCUUAAGAGCUGGUAUUUCCUCAGAGUUUCUGUUUAUACCAGAAGCAUUAGGGUAAAUCCAGUGCCAAGUAUCAUUCUUGCAAAUUAUUGUUUUAGAUAACUGACCAGUGACUUAUUUAAUAAAAAAAAGAGUAAAAACAUAAAUAAUUACUGGCAGUAGGUUAUAAUGGUUGGGUUAAAAAUAACAUUGAAAUAUGGGACCUAUUGUCAGUUGGGUAAUUUUCAUUCAUUGUUUUUAUUUGUUUGUUUUGAUUUGAACCUUAAGGAGAGUAAAAUUUGACUAUUUAAAAUGUUAGCCAA